AUGGUGGAGUCACUCGAUCCCACUAAGGGCGCGGCAUCCAAGGGCGCCGAAUUCAAGAGCAGCAAACCAAAGGGGGGCAAAUCCAAGGGCGGACACGGCGGCGGCGGCGACGGCGGCGGCGACGAGGACGAGGACGACCGCGGCGGCGACGCCUUCGCGCGUCUGCGGCGGCGGCUGGCCAACGCUGACGAGGUCGUGGCGCUCGCCACCGCCCUGCCCUCUGUGGGGUUCCAGGGCGCGCCAACCUUGGACGGCGACGACGGCGGCGUCGGCGCCGGCGCUGGCUUAGGGGAGGCCGAGGGUGCGUCCGCCGCGAGCUUCGGUGGCCCCGACGGCCCCGACGGCAGCGGCGGCGGCAGCGGCGGUGGCGGCGGCGGCGGCGGGCGCGCGGCGCCCGUCGGUCUGGGUCCAUUGAAGUGGUUUGCUGACUACUGCAGCCUCGCCUCAGGGGAGGACGGCGGGGACCCGCGGCCCAGGGUCCAGCUGAUGACGCUCCACGCAUCCAAGGGCAAGGAGUUUGAGGUGGCCGUCAUCGUGGGCAAUCUACCUGACCGGUGA